AAUCUAGUGGUGUGGACACUAUUGAGCUCUCGUUUUGUAGCGCCGAACGAGGGCUAUCCAGCAGUUGAUGGUAGAGACUCGGCGAAGGCCAGGCCGCCAUUUGCCUGGCAAGUGAGUGCCUGAGUGCCGUUUUGUCAGACGCGACUCUCUGCUUCUUCCCACCGCACAUCCACACUUGAGUAUUCUACUGACCUGCAUACCUGCCUGGCCUGGCCUGGCCUGGCCUACGCGCUGCAAUUUCAUUCGCAAUCCGAGCCACGCCAUGCCGCGCUACAUCGAACGAGCCGCCGUCUUUUUCGAUCAACAUGUCUUCCCCGACUCCUCCGAGCAGCUUCCUCGACCUUCUCCGAUAGCGAUGACACCAACGAAUGACCUUCACGCCGCUCCAUUAAACAUUGCAGCACUUUGCCAACAAUCCCAGCUCCCGGGACUUUCGCAAAACUGCUAGAUCGCGAAGCAGUACGAUGCAGGAAGCAGCAGCAUGUGGCAUAUGCGUACAGAAAGCGAAGCACUGCAAGAGUCAGCCUAUUCCGAUGUAGCACGCACAAUGUCGAGAGGACCACGGUAGAGCUCGCGAGGCUAAGCAGAUUCCGAAUUUGAAGACUAGAGCUGUCUCCUGCAUCCCAUCCAAUCCUCCAGCGAUACCUGAUCUGUCAGGGCAUCUCUUUUUGGACGUGAGCUUGACAUGUAUCCCAAGAUCGAUGCCAUGCGCCAUGACAUGAUGCUGCGGAAUUUCAAUUUGAGCACUACUGGGACCUUUGAGCCCACCAAUUUUGCUUGUUGCCAUGCAGCAGUCCGCCUAUCGUUCUGGCCUCAACAGCGUAUAGGACCGCAAUGCCGCCGGAGGACUUUCGGCAAUGUACAGACAUCAUUUUGAGGGCUUUGUUGUCACGCUCUUCGCCCAUGAUGUUACGGGUAUUGGAACGACAAGAGCCAUCCGAGGCGGCAAAGGAUGGGGGAGAGAUCCCAACAGACAGGUUGGCAUCGAGAGAUGAGCCAUGCGAGGCGGCAAGGGAUAUGCGGAUCGAGAUCGGAUUCCCCAACAGAUGGGUUGGCAUGCGAAUUUGACCUCGAAGGAUGCUGAGCGCGGCGAGCGUUGGUCAUGAGUUCAAGACGCGGCGAACUACUAGCUUUGCAUACUGAUUGUGGCCAUGCUCGUGAAAAUUGGAGAAGUCCGUAGUCCGAAUGACUUCCUU